AUGGCUGUGGCCCUGGGCUGUGCGAUCCAGGCCUCCUUGAAUCAGGGCUUCAUGCUUGAAGAGUAUGAUACUGACUGUGAAGUCUUCCGUCAGCGUUUCAGGCAGUUCCAAUACCAAGAAGCGGCCGGGCCUCAUGAAGCUUUCAACAAACUCUGGGAGCUUUGCUGUCAAUGGUUGAAGCCAAAGAUGCGUUCUAAAGAACAAAUGUUGGAGCUGCUAGUGUUGGAGCAAUUCCUAACUAUUCUGCCCUCCGAGAUAGAGACCUGGGUGAGGGAACAUUGCCCAGAGAAUAGAGAAAGAGUUGUGGCGCUGAUAGAAGACUUACAGAGAGAACUAGAGAUACCGGAGCAGCAGGUUGGUCCACAGGAAAUGCUCUUGGAAGAAUUGGCUCCGGUCGAAACCCCACAUAUACUACCAAACCUCCACCUCGGGUCAUCUGAACUUCAUCUCCCGGGACCUUCCCAGGAGGCCACAGUGGCAGGGGCCUGGCUCCCACAGGCAGGGACACAGAACCUGAACUACGGUGCUAUUGGAGAAUGCCCACCCUUUCCUGAGCCAGGGGGAUAUCCAGUACUAAAGCUUGACCUGAACUUCCCAUUGGAGCACAGAGAAGAGCCAUGGGUAAAGGAAUUACAGGACCCCAAAGAAAUGAAACAAUUACAUGAUCCCAAGAUAGGUUUUCAGAUUGAGAGAGAAAAUGAAGGAGAUACUUCAAAACAGAAUAAACUGGAGAAUAUGUACCCAUUUAUUGUUACGUUAGAGGGGAAUGCACUACAUGGUCCCAUUUUGCAAAAAGAUUAUGAACAGUUAGAAAAUCAAUGGGAGCCCCCUCCAGAGGAGCUUCAGACAGAUUUGACGAAGCUGGUAAAUCCUCAGAACCACUCUAUAGGACAGAAACCUGAGAGCUCCAAACUGGAAGAACCCGUCGCCCCUAGACCCCAUAAGAAAAAGAAUCCAGGAGAGAAACCUCACCGGUGUCCUCAGUGUGGAAAAUGUUUUGCUCGGAAAUCACAACUUACUGGACACCAGAGAAUUCAUUCUGGAGAAGAACCUCACAAGUGCCCUGAAUGUGGGAAAAGCUUCCUGCGUAGUUCAGACCUUUACAGACACCAACGACUUCACACUGGGGAAAGGCCCUAUGAAUGCGCUGUAUGUAAAAAGCGAUUCACUCGAAGGUCACACCUUAUAGGACACCAGAGAACCCAUUCUGAAGAGGAAACUUACAAAUGCCUUGAGUGCGGGAAAAAUUUUUGUCAUGGAUCUAGUCUUAAAAGACAUCUGAAAACUCAUUCAGGUGAAAAACCUCAUAGAUGUCACAGUUGUGGGAAAAGUUUUAUUAGACUGACAGCUCUUACUUUGCACCAGAGAACUCACACUGAAGAACGACCUUUUAAAUGUAAUUACUGUGGGAAAAGCUUUAGACAGAGACCCAGCCUUGUUAUUCAUUUAAGAAUUCAUACAGGGGAGAAGCCUUAUAAGUGUAGUCAUUGUUCAAAAAGCUUCAGACAGAGAGCAGGCCUUAUAAUGCACCAAGUCACUCACUUUAGGGAAGAUUUCUUUAAGAAUUGUUGA